AUGUUAGAUGAAUGUAGGCUAGGACUUGGUUCUGGUGUUGUUGUAACUGGUGGUGGUUCAGUUGGGCGGGGUGUGUUUCUUAUGUUGAAUUUGGAUAUGGCUUGGAUUCUGUUUGAGAUGAAUGUAUUGUUGAGUGUUUUACCUGUGAUGCUGUUGAAGGGUGAUGGAAUUGAAGUUUGGUUAAAGCCUGAAAUCAGGGGGCGCAACAGAAAUCUUAUCGAUACAGCUAGUGGUGGUGCUUUGACAAACAAAACCAUUGACGAAGCGACAGAAUUGAUCGAGAAUAUGGUUGCAAACACGCAACAAUUCAACACAAGAGGUGUGUCAAUGAGUCGAAGGUUUAAUGAGGUUACUUCUUCACCGCACUUAGAACAUAGGAUUGGUAAUAUGGAGAAGAUGAUGCAACAAAUGGCCGCAGUAAUCAUUCCCUCUUAUGAGGAAGAAGCUGAACAAAGAGAUAAUCCCAAUUUUAGUUAUGCAAACAAGCAAGAUGCGGCACAAGGACCGGUUUUCAAUCGUCCUAGUGGUUUUCAACAACAACAACAACAACAACAACCACAACCAGUGCAGAACUCAGAAUCAUCAGAGAUGCUUGCUAUGAUGAAGAAUCUAACCACAAUGGUGCAAAAAAAUCAGCAAACGACUGAUGGUGCAAUCAAGGAGUUGCAGACACAAAUGAGCACCAUGGAAGGUAGAUUGAAUCAUUUGGAGACGCAGAAUAGUGGGAAACUCCCUUCUCAAACUCUUAACCCAAGAGAUUCUGUCAACGUUGUGACAUUGAGAAGUGGUACACGAACUGUGCAACCAGAGGAUAAUGAGAAAAACAAAGACCCUAAGGGCCCGGUAUUGGAGAAUGAGAUUAUUGACUCUUCCCAAACCGAUGAGGCACCUAAAGAAAACUCUAAAACUCUUGUUUCUACUUAUGUUCCCCCUUUGCCUUUUCCUCGUAGGUUUGCUAACUCUAAAAAGGCGGAACAAGAUAAGGAGAUCUUAGAUAUUUUCAGGAAGAUUCAUGUGAACAUUCCACUAAUAGAUGCUAUUAAACAAGUCCCCAAGUACUCGAGAAUUCUGAAGGACUUGUGCACCAAUAAACAGAGGUCAAUCGGUAAUGAGUUGGCUGACCGUUCUAAUGUAUACCCUAGAGGUAUUAUUGAGGAUGUGCUUGUGCAGGCACCUAAACUAGAACUAAAGCCUCUUCCUGAUCACAUAAAAUAA